CGGGAAAUUGAAGUUUAUAUUUCACAUUGAACGUCAACAACAUUUCAUCCAAAUGAACCAUUCUCUGAUUAUCAUCCUGUGAGCAACUCAUCACUUAAAAAUUAAAUAUGGUGCUUUUCUUUCAAGGAAAAAAAAAAGAAAAAAGAAAAAGAUAUUUGGGAAUCAGCAAAUGGUGUCAACCACAUAUCGGAAAAAUCAUCCAACGUGGACAGCAACAAGCCAGUCAUGGUCAAGCGAAGAACACAACCAGAUAAGAAACUGAUAAGGCCCAGAGAGUUUAUACCGUCAGAUGGAUUCAUCUUCAAAUCAGACGGUCAAAAAUCUGCAGCACAGAUAAUCCCAUGGAAACCAAAAAUCUCUUUCUCCAUCACCAGAAUAGCAUCCAGCUUCCUAUAACCCCACAAAAACAAAAACAAACAUAUUCUCACUCACUCCCCACACCGCCAUUUUCUAAUCCCAUUCUCAUCUGAUCCGUCCACCACACAUCAGCCACCAUGGCCGCCACCACUUCCGCCGCCGCCGCCGCAUCUUCAUUCAUCGGCACUCGUCUUCCGGAAGUCCACUCCGGAUCCGGCCGUAUCCAGGCACGAUUUGGGUUCGGAAAGAAACCUGCUCCUAAGAAAAAGGUCUCUAAGGUCACCACUGACCGCCCAUUGUGGUUCCCGGGAGCCCAAGCACCCGAUUAUUUGGACGGGAGCCUGGUCGGGGACUACGGGUUCGACCCGUUCGGUCUAGGCAAGCCCGUGGAGUACUUGCAGUAUGACUUGGACUCUUUGGACCAGAACCUGGCGAAAAACGUGGCCGGUGACAUCAUCGGAACCAGGACCGAAAACUCCGACGUCAAGUCCACCCCGUUUCAGCCCUACAGCGAAGUGUUCGGUUUGCAACGGUUCAGGGAAUGUGAGUUGAUCCACGGCAGGUGGGCCAUGUUGGCUACCCUCGGCGCCCUUACCGUUGAGUGGCUCACCGGUGUUACCUGGCAAGACGCCGGAAAGGUAGAGCUGGUUGAUGGAGCAUCAUACUUGGGUCAACCACUCCCAUUCUCCCUCACCACAUUGAUCUGGAUUGAGGUGUUGGUGAUUGGAUACAUUGAGUUCCAAAGAAACGCAGAGCUGGACCCGGAAAAGAGGUUGUACCCAGGUGGAAGCUUCUUUGACCCACUGGGAUUGGCUGCUGACCCGGAGAAGAAAGCCACCCUCCAACUCGCCGAAAUCAAGCACGCCCGCCUCGCCAUGGUUGCCUUCCUGGGCUUCGCCGUCCAAGCUGCCGCCACCGGCAAAGGUCCGCUCAACAACUGGGCAACCCACCUGAGCGACCCGCUUCACACCACCAUUUUUGACACCUUUGGAUGGUUCUCUUAAAUUAAAUGCCCCCAAUCUUGUUAAAAAAACAUCCAUCGUCAUAUGUUUUGGUUUCAUGAAUGUAAAGUAAUGUACAAUUUGACAGCUUAAUCAAGAGAUUCAUCAAUGUGUGCCAGUCUAGGCAUAUACAUUCCGCCUGCUUGUUAAUUAUAGAAUAUUAUAAUCUGCUAGUUAUUGUUGUAUUAAUGUGAUGAUGUUUUUCCUCUUCUGGUGGAGAAACCGGUUUAAGAAUAUUAUUAUCAACCAAAAAAAAACACAAAAUUUGGCUUUUGUUUGGUUGACAAAUUAAUAGCAGGGAUAGGUUUACUGAAGCAAGACAGCUUGUUUCAAAUUUCAAGUUUGUAAAUUGCAAUUAUGAUAACCAGAGCAACGGAACUUGAUACACGGGAAAUAGAGAUGGCAUGGGAUGUAGACUGUAGUGACUGGAAAUAGAAACUUGUUCAAAAUGAAUAAAAAAUUGUAAAAUGAAAGAUAUUCAUGAUGAUACCAUCCAUCAAAUCUAGACAACUUAUUUAAAAAUUUAGUCCCAUAAUUUAUUAGUAUAUAAGAUUUUCAAAUAAAAUUUUUCUAUAUAUGUAUCACCAACCACUCGCGAAUAGAAAAAUGCACAGACUUUGUUUGAAGGGGAUUCUUCGUCAGGUGACUGAAAUUGUAUAUAUAAAAUAAGGAACCUUAAAUGGUUAUUAAACUCAUCACUUAUCACUGUUUAAUACUGCUAUUUCUGGGCUACAAAAUUGAAUUAUCUUUCUAUACAACGGAGAGUGUAACUUCUAGUUUUGUGAUUUUGUGACAUAGAUGUCGUUGAGGCAG